AUGGAGCCAAUCAUUAUUGACGAAAUGGAUCGUAACUCUAAGGAAGAAUCUAAUAGAAUCCUUAAGGAACAUUCCAAUUUCCCAAUAUUUCAAGGGAGUGGAAAUAGACAUUUUCUAUCCUUCUCUCCUUAUACUCCUAUGAAUCCAUCAAAGUUUGGAAGUUGUGAAGAUGUAAAUCAGGCAAAAUUAUUCCUAACAACUGCUCCUGAAUUAAAAGAGAAACGGUCAUUGUUUGGUAUUAAGAAAUUGACGGAUUUGAGUCAGAUAGUAUACAUCAAUAGUGUGUUUGGUGAGUUGGUGGUUCUUUUCGAAGAGGAAGAAACGAAAGUUCUUGUUUUAUACCAUGUCGGUAAAUUCUCAAAUGUCAAUAACAUUAGUGAGUAUACCACAAAGAUAACUGAGAUAUCAUUGCCAGUUAUUCCAGUAUUUUAUGCAAAUCAACAAAGUGGAACAAGAAAUUUGACGAAAGAAGAUGUGGUGUUUAUCAACUUUAGUUGUGACACCAAUAGAAGAGUGUACUUUAUUCAAUUGAGGAAUGUAUUUAGAGGUACCAAUACAUUUAAUGAAUUGGGAUUACUCAAUAGAUGCGAUUUCGUUGAGGAUUGGAAUCAAGUUGAUUUCAUAGCAAAGAAUGAGUAUAUAACAACCAUUAAAACCAAUUCUCACAGUUCUGUGUUUGGAACACAAAAUGGAAAGUGGUACAUUUGUGGAAAAGAUACCUACUUUUUACGAAAGAGAAUGAUUGAUUUUGAUGAUGUACAAGUUGAUUUUAUUGAGGCAGAUGAGAUGGAUUCUCCAUAUAUUUGCUCAAUAGAAAUACCUAAUGAAACAAUAGUUUCCGUACAACAAUUAUUUGUUGGCAAUUUUCUAGUUACCAAAUCUGGUAAAGUAUACUCAACAUUCAGAGAAAGAUUGAAUAUAAUUACAGAUUUGUUGAAUGAUAAUUCCUCUCAUACAUUGAGAGUUAAUAAUUUGAUCUUUAAUAAUGAAAGUACAGAUAAUAUCGAUACAGUACAAAGAGAAUGCUUUUUGUUAGAUUUACCUUUUCCAAUAUGUGAAAUAAGGUCAAUAGACAACAGUAUGCUUGUGGUAAGGGAUGAGGACAAAAGAUUAUUUGUUUCAAAGAAGUCCAACUUUAUUGAUUUAGAAAUAAGUCAUGUAAGAAGAAUAGUUAAUUCCACUGAUGAAUUCUUUAUUGUUUCGAAAUGGAAUAAUAUUUAUUCACUGUAUCCCUCUGCUGCUAUUCCAAAAUUAAAGGCUAUCGAACUUCCAAGAGAUUUGAAACCAGUCCCUGUUGUUCGCCCAACCAAAUGGAGAAAAAUUAAUGUUGGUCAAGCUAGCUCAUCUGUUCAAGAUAUUGCACCAAAGUUACCCUCAGAAGUUGAACCUGUUUACAAUUUAUGGGAAGCUUGUGGCUCUCUUGAGAUUAGAAAUAUUCUCAGUAUGACCACUACUUUCUUUGUUAUUGUAGUUGAAGAAAGCAAAGAAGAGAGUUUCUCGGAGAGUGAAAGUUCCAACAUUAUGGAAGUUUCUAAUUCCAAUUCAAUACAAGAUGAUACUGUUAAAAACCUAAGAAGGGAAAAGCGAGAACGUUUACUACAACAUAUAGGAUUUGUAUUCUACUUACUACAGACACAACCACAAUAUUUAUCCAUGUUAGUUAAACAUGCACUAGAUAAGAUGAAUGGUGAUGAUGGAUCUUAUAAUGAUGGUGAUGAAAUGGAAUACAUCAAGUUAACUUAUAUGAUUUUUAAUCACAUGAAGACAAAAAGAUUAAAGUUUCUCUAUUUGAGAUCCAUCAUUCAAUUACUUUAUAUGAUUAGAUUGAAGGGAAACAAAUCAUUGGAUAAUUUGUUGAGUAUUUUGACAGUAGAAGAUCCAGUCACUCAAAGAAAUAAUUAUUUGGAUAAGGUUGUUGAAACUGUUCUUUCUCAUUAUCAUGGUGUGGAUUUAUCAAUUGUCAAUUUGGAUAAGAUGAAAAGAAGAAGUGCAACUGUUGUCUAUUAUGGUAAGGUUUCACAAUAUCAUCAAGAGCAACAGGAAUUUGGUAAAUAUGGAGGAGGUGCAUUGAAAGGUGUCAAUACUAAUACUGCAAACUCUUCCACUUCUCCUUCUUCUGGUGAUAAUAGUGCUAGUAGUGGUAGAAUUGAGGGAUCGACAGAUUCUAGCAAUGAUAACAAUGGUAGUGGUAAUAAUGCAUCAAUGAAUAGUACCUCUUCCGAACCAAAUGCUAACGAUCACUCGACUCAAGCACUCUCAAAUAAUAUUUCUGAUAUCAGUAGUGCAAUACUCGCUCAUAAUACAAAUAAUGAAUCAAAGGAAAAUAGAGAAUCCUCUUCAUCAGAUGAUGAAGAAAAUGAGAAUUCAUCUGUCCAACAACUUACAACUGCUAUAGCAAUUCAAACCAGACCUAGUAGUCAAAGCGUGUUGAUUACUGGAAGUGGACGUUCUAGAGCUGGUUCAAGUUCUCAAUCACCACCUGUUUAUUUGGGUGUUGGUUCUUCUCCUGCGCUGUCUUCUUCACCAACCAUUCAUGAAUUGGGAAAGCAAAUGAUUUCCUCCUCACCAUCAACCAGAUAUUCCUAUUUGGGUUCUUCUCCUUACUCUAGCUCACCAGUCAAUGAUGACAGACUUGAAUUAAGAGUGCACACAACCAUGUCACCUGUUGCUGGUUCUCAUUUAAGAAUGGGUAGUAUGGAUUCAUUACGUUCAAGCGUUAGUGACGAAAAUUCACAACAAAACAGUAUCCUCUAUGAUUCAGCUGGUCGUUCAAAUGACAUACUUUCCUCUUCUGCUCCUUCAAGUUAUGAAAAUGGUCUUCCUAUGGGAAAUGGUAUUGGAAAUAAUUUGUAUGGAAGUCCAUCAACGAGUUCUUAUCUUUCUCCUUCCCCUCAAACUCCAACUGGUGGAACCUCCAUGUUCAGAAAGAGUUUUGACACUACUUCAGAUGUUUCAGAACAAUCAAUUUCUGAAUUUCCAACUGUUGGAAUGAAGAAGAUUUUCUCUGAUUCCAUUAACAAAAUGAAACAACGUGCCAAAUUACAACAAGACAUGAAAAACUUUGAAGAAAUGCGUCAAGCUAGUCUUUCACAAGGAGCUGGUCUUGUAGUAAUCAAUGGCAACGGUUCUGGUUCAUCACCAACCACUCCAAGAAAGAAUCCAAACUUGGAUAUUCCUAUCAGAACUAAAGAAUACAGUUUGGAAAAGAAGAUUCAAAUAUGGGAAAAUAUUCUUGACAAGAUUCAUGAAAAGUUGAUUUUGCACUUGAAAGAAGCUCCAUUCGAACAUCAGUACAAACUUGCCUAUAUUCACUUCUUCUUGACACAAAUUUUCGAUUAUGCUUCCAAGAGCAGUGCCAAUGUUAAUGCCUCAGGAAACAAGAUUAGUUCUACAGAGCUUGCCAGUGCCUAUAUUGUCAGUUCCUACUUGAGAAUUAACAAGAUUAGAAAAAAGUUACAACAGGUUCUCAUCAACAAUAACGUCAGAUCAAAGGAAAGCCACAUUUCUCAAUUUUUGGAUAUCAUGUCUGGUCAUGAUUCAUGUUUACAAACUAAGGAAUACAAAGGAGUAUCAGAAAAAGCUAGUCAAAUCAAAAAGACAAUUCUUAAUUGGAUUUUGGAAAUUAAAAUAACCAAGCAAAAUAGAUCAAAGCAACAAGCAUUCUUGGAAAAGUACUAUGACAUUCCUUCUGAUUCAGAUGUGAUACACAAAGCAGAUCCUUCAAUUUUCGUCAAGAUUGGUGAUUUCCUCAAUUUGGCUAAAAUCAUGUUCUUCAAUUCGAGUGUAGACGACGAAAUGAAAAAGGUCUUGACAAAUAUUAGACAAAAUUUGAGAUAUAUUCUCUCAUCUCCACCAAAUCAAUCACUUUCCAAUAAUAAUGAUUCACCAUCUCAAAAACCAACCAAGGAAACCAAAGAUUCUAAAGAUGACUUUAAGGACUUGAAAGAACCACCAGCAUCAACCAACAAUGAAGAACAAACUGCACCAGGAAACAGUGAACAGGAUGCUACCUCACCUUCCUCCUCCAUUAAUUUUGUACUCUACUGCCCUGAUAGACGAUAUGUUCCACUCUCCAUUCCAUCUCUCAAAUAUUUUGCCAAGCAUCUCACUAAUACUGACUUUAAGGUCAUCAUUGACUCUCCAAUCGAAAAUGCUCUAAUUGAAAAAGUUCCACAAACUCCAAAAACAUUCUCUGACAUUACAUUCUUCUUUAACUAAUAAAACCAAUGUUGUAUCUGUC